AUUAUUAUUCGAUCCAAGCAUUGCUGUCAUAAAACCAGCACUAUUACAAGAUCCAUACCAAAAAUCAUCACUGUCGCUGUUUGUUCAUUUCUGGGGUUUCUUCUAUUUUUUCACUUCAAAGCUCUCUGUGAAUGGCAGCUUCGGCAUCAUCAUCAUCAUCAUCAACAACAACAAAAACGAUACCGGCGAGGAAAAGGGGAUGGCUCAGCAACAUCUCCUCAAUUUCAUCACGGAUUUAUUUCUUCCUUAUCUUCCUUCAGAUCCCACUUUUCAGGAUCCCAUGCAGAUCCGGAAUGUGUUCAACUCCAAUUCAUGUCACAUCUUCCCAGUUGAUCGCAAGUGACAUCUUUCCUGUACCUGUGGUGAAGGCAAUCCUUCUUCCCGGAGCCAUUACAAAUGGCCUUGCCAAGAAUUGGACUGUUCCGAGCUGGGACAACUUGUUAAACAUGUAUAACUUAACUAGUAUAAAGGAAUCCUCUGCAUUACCCGAUCUCCAGCGCUUAGAGGUUCUAGCAGGAAGCUACUUUUGUGUGGCAGGAGCACUCGUGGGACUUCUAAAACCCGGAAGAAUGAGCAUGUUUGGGACACUGCUCGUAAUAUGGGGUCUCGUCAAGGAAGGGAUCAUAGGAAAACCGGCAAAUACCGAUCUUACAAAAGCUGUAUACGUAUAUCCAACAAUGGUGCUUGCACUAAUUUGUGCCUUGUCAUCGAUCAAGUACGACGUAAAGAAAGUUAUGAGAACUGCCCCUGCACGACCAAUGGCAAAGCCUCUUCAGAGCUCUUCCAAAUCUAAGCUGAAAUAAUCGGAAAAAAAAAAAACCUCGAGUGAAAAGCUAUUCUAACAUUUACUUUUAUACUGAACUCUUGUAACCUGUCAGCUGAAGUGUCUUUCCUUAUAAAUUCCAGAAAAAACCUCAUUCGCUGCUUCGAGUUUAUUAGUUUUUAACCAAUGUUUUCUGGAGCUGCAUACCAUGCUUCAAAACUACAGAUUCGAGCUUAAGAGAUGCUGUGCAUCCAUGUUCGCUUACCGCAGGCAGGCAAGGCUGUGAAAUAAGGGGCUAGAAUCUGUAGUUCGAAGCUGUUGCUAGCAGGCAUGGCAUCGAGUUCAGUAAUUUGCAGAAGCUUCCAUCUAUUUUCGUGCUUAGCCUCGAUUUAGUAUCUUGUUUUCAGCCAUUGAUUUUUGUUCAUCCUUUAGCUUCUGUUUUUUUCAGGUUUCUUGCUUUGAUAUUUGUUUUGUGUUUUAAAUUAAUUAAUUGUCAUUGUGAGAAUUUCAUUAA